GAUCUGUUUUUCAACAUCGUUGAAUUUGAUAGCACUUUUCAUAAUAACAGUUGAAAGUUUUCGAUUAGUCACGAUUGGUUUCCAUAUACGAUUCAUACAAAACAUACACAUACACACAUAUACACUCGCAUCGUACCAUAUGAGAAAGAGAGAGAAAGAAAAGAGAAGGAGAAUUACUCCAGGUUGAUAGGCACCAUGCAGUAAGCGGUAAUUCGAUGCGUUUAGUUGCAUUUGACUGUCGUGUGGAUGUGUGAGGUUAUUUUCUUCAAUGAAUUAGAGUAAUUAUGGGCUGGCUAAUACGGUGUACCCUCGCGGUGUUGCUGGUGCACAGCAUACAAGCGAACAGCGAUGAAGCGCCGUUAACCAAACUCGGCGCAAAAACCGGACCGACCCUAAGAUUCUUUUAUUGCUAUUCGUGUGGUUAUAAAAAAGCCUUCGAGCAAUAUGUAAGUAUUCUUAAACAAAAAUAUCCAGAACUUCACGUGGAGGGCGAGAACUUCAACCCGCCUGGUUAUAAUAUGUUAAUUGCAAAAGUAUUGGGAACGUUAAAAAUAUUAAUAAUUGUUUUAAUUGUAAGCGGAGUUGACUUUGGUCUGCCUUUAACAUCGAUAUGGCAGUGGUGUAUAAAUAAUCGUUUUUACUCUUGUAUACUGAUUUUCCUGAUUGGUAAUGCCAUAGAAAGUCAACUGAUAUCGUCGGGUGCUUUUGAAAUACAUUUCAAUGAUGUUCCUGUUUGGUCAAAGCUUGAAACCGGCAGGAUACCACAACCAUUGGAAUUAUUUCAAAUAAUUGACUUUCAUUUAGAUAUGCAAUUUUCAGAAAUGGAUGUAGGAAAGAUCAAAUUCCAGACAUAAAACAUAAUGUUAUUUCAUACUUUGAAAAUCAAUAAAUUUAAACUGUGUACCAUGCCAGGAAGUUUGCUAAUGUGAUGAAAAUAUGUACAAUAUAUUUGUUAAGUAUGUAAGGUCUUUAAUGUGUACAUCUUAUCAUAGAACAUGAUUCCAAUAAGACUACAAACAUAUAAGUGUAAUUGAAAUAAAACUGUUACCAGAA